AUGUCCAAGUUUACACGAUUAUAUCUGCGUGUGCCGCAGCCGACGACGCUGUUUGGCUGCAUCAGCCUGCAGACGGGGACGGAGCUCAUCUCGCUCGCACUCGUCUUCAACAAGGUGACGGGGGUGUACGGGCUGCUCGCCAUCCUCACCGGGUACCAGCUGUCUCUGCUGCAACUAUCAACAUAUGUGUACUCGAUCGGGGUUCUCGGCCUUCUCAUCUUUCUGAUCCCGCACAUCCGCCGACAGAGCCCGUUUGAGUGCCUGGCGCUGGCGUGGGUGUACAUACUGGACGCUUGCAUCAACGCGGCGUACACGGCGGCAUUUGGGCUUGACUGGUACUUUCACAGCACGGCGACCGAGUCGGACACGCGGCCAUCGGGCCUGACGAAUACGGUUAUGGAGAGCAUCCAGGGCCUGAAGAAGGAGAGCGCGAUCCACGGCAAGGUGGUGCCACAGGAGACGGCUAUGAGCAUGAUCUUCAUCGUGGCGGUGACGCUCAUUCGCGUCUACUUUAGCCUGGUGGUGAUGUCGUACGCGCGGCAGGCGCUGCAAAAGUACAUGCAGCUCAUGAUUAUGGAAGGCCCUGGUGUGGACGACUACGACGGCCCGUUUGCGCUGGACCUGCCGGACGGGGAGGGCCGGCGAGGCCGGUUGGGCCGGGUGAUGGUGUCGUUUGGCCGCACGUACUGGCUCGGGCACCUCGAGGACAAUGGAUGGUCGGGCAACACCAACAGGGCGCGCAAGGCAAACGAGCCGGGUACGCUGGCGGGUGAGGUCUAG